GCAGAUGAGCGUUAACUUUUAUCUCGCCAGUGUUCUUCUCUUCUUUCCUCAUCAGGGAUAUUUUAUUGCUGUGCUGAUUUUCAAUUAAAUUAAUUACUCGUUAAUUUUAGUUUAAUUGCUGCGCUAAAAUUAUCACCAGUUAGCAUCUUCUUAAGAGGAGGAGAUCAGUUGGAUGUAAGGGUUCUUUAGCCCGAGAAAGAACAGAACUUGGCAAAGGCUACCUGCAUUUAAAUGCAUUUAAAACACAUCAUUCUCGAAGGAUUCAAAUCCUAUCGAGAUCGAACGGACAUUGGACCCUUUGAUCCUCAUUUCAACGCCAUCACGGGUCUAAAUGGUUCCGGAAAGUCUAAUAUUCUCGACGCCAUUGCCUUUGUCUUGGGUUUGUCGUCUAUGCAAGUUGUUCGUGCGGCGAAUUUAGGCGAACUAAUCUAUAAGGGUGGAACUGGUGGAGUUUCUCGAGCUUCAGCUUCACUAAUUUUUGAUAACAAAGACAGAAAGAAGAGUCCAGUCGGAUAUGAAAAACAUGACGAGAUUAUCAUAUCUCGAGUCAUUGAAACGAACGGAGUUUGUAAAUACUUUUUGAACUCUAUCACUUCAACUAAACGACAAAUUACUGAAAUGUUUGAGUCCGUUCAACUCAACAUUAGCAACGCCAACUUUAUGAUUAUGCAAGGAAAAAUCACAAAAGUAAUCAACAUGACGCCCAAGCAGAUUCUGUGCAUGAUUGAGGAAACAGUAGGUGGAAAUGUGUACCAGGGGAAGAGAGACAAAACCGAACAGGAGAUUAAAAAUAAGGAUCGGUGCUUGGAACUCGUGAGAAGUACGAUCCAUGAAGAAAUUUAUCCUGAAUGGAAGAGACAGCGCGAUGCCCGAGAAAAACUCACCGAAUUCCAAACCGUUGAAUAUCAAACUGCCCGAUGCUUGAAGUACUAUGCCAUCAUGCAAUAUAAGGAUGUGAUCGAUAAGCUCAAAAACAGUCAGGUUGAGCUCAAUCGAGUAGUCGAUAGUGAGAAAGAUGACGACAAGAAGAUUGAAGAGUACAAGGAAGGCAUUAAUGAUAACAAGAAACGUCAACAACAAAUGAAGCAAGAAAAUACGGAGAAAUUCAAAGAAAGAAUUGCAAAAGCUGAGAAGGACCUAGCGGAUGAGAAAAAGAAAUUUGUUACAGUGGAAGCCAAACUGAACACUGCCAAGAUGGAUGUAAGUGACGGGAAAAAGAAACUAGCCGAGGCAGAAAAGGCAAAGAGACAACAAGAGAAGGAAAUGCAAGAUUAUAAGAAAAAGAGUGCCAGCACGGUGGGCGAGUUUGAAGAUGUCAAAGCUCAAAUCGCCAAUGCUCAGGAAGCUUUGAAUAAGGCUAGGGAACAGGAAAAUGCUUUAAAAAUGGGAAACAUCGUCGACGAAGAGGGAAAAGCAUGCGACGCUCGUCAAGAAUUAAUGCGUGUUCAGGAUGAAAUUCACAAGAUCGAACCCGAUUAUCAAGUCGCUACACAGCAAUAUGAUGAGGACAUGAGAAAACUCGAGGGUAUGCAAAAGGAUUUGAAGAAAACUCCAACUAAUGAGCAAGUGGAACGAGAUUACAAGGCAAAGUCUCAGCGGGCAGAGGCACUUAAGGCCGAAGCUGUUAAACGAAAUAUUAACCCAGACGACAGUCCUUCAGAAAUUGUAAAAUCUCUUAAUCAAAGUAAACACAGACUGCAGCAACUAACGCAGGAAAAGGAAAGCAUUAUUGGACGAAAUUAUGGCAUUUCGUUCCGCUACGAGAAAAACAACCUCGUCGAUGCGUCCAGGAUUCACGGCUGUUUGUACGAAUUGCUGAAAUUCCAAAAUAUUGACGAAUGGGGAGGCGCGCUGGAAGUUCUUGCCGGUGGAUUAUUUGGUCAGUUGGUUGUCGAAGAUGAAGUUGUCGCGAAGGCCCUGUUGAAGUCGGGUUUGACGAGACGAAUGACCAUCCACUGUCUCUCUGUAUUCAAAACAAGUAACAAAACGCAUCUCACGCAACAGGAGUUAGAUCGACGUCUUGGAGCAGGGAAAGCAAUUCCGGCAAUUGAUUUGAUUGAAUGUUCUCCUAAAUAUCAAGCAAUUGUGCAACAUUUCUUUGGAGGGAAAGUUAUCUGUGACACUAUUCAGACGGCAAAGAAAGUUGCUUUUGAGCUGGGAUACUACGCAGUGUCCAAGAUUGGAGAUGUCGCCGAUCCCGAUGGUGUCAUGCAGGGAGGUUCAAGACGCAGCCUUGGAGAGUUCAUCAAAACCUGUGAUAAACUGCGACAGAUGUCUGCUGAAAUCAAACAACUAAUGGGAACUGUUGGAGACUUACAGAGACGACUUCAAGCGGCGCAAUCUAACGCAGAUUUCAUGAAACAAUUGGAUAUUGCGAAACGUGACUUACAAAAUGCAGAGGAGACGCGGGGGCUGACAUCUUACUCCAUUCUUCAAAAAGAUAUUAAAGAACUAAUGGAAAAAUUAAAAAAAGAUAGUGAAGUUUUAGCAGAUUGGAAGAAACAGAUGCAGCAGCUGGAAAAGGACAAGAAAGUUUGGUCGACGAAAGUAAACCAACUUGAACACCUAAGAGAAAAGGGCAAGAAAGACAAUGCUGCGCUUAUCGUUCGAUGCGAGAAGGCUCUUGAAACAGCAAAGAAAAAGUACGAGUCCAAGCAGAAACAUUUUGGUGACAUAGACGUCGAAAUCAAGUCCAGAGAAGCUUUAAUACAAGAUUGUCAGCAGGAUAUUGACAACUCUGCUGAAGAAAUCAACGAGUACAAUAAAACGGUUGAAAAGAUUGCUCAAGAGUUUAGUCUUAUUCAGAAACGUUUCUCAGAAGUACAAACACGGUAUGAUGAGGCUGUAGCAGAGAGCCAGCAAUGGAACGCGGAGUAUAAUGAAAUCGAAGAGGAAAUUAGAAACCUAACAAAUGCCAUUCAUAAAAUUGAGAUGAGUAAAAUCAAACGUGGAAAUUUGAAGGAGAAAUUGACUGGCAGUGUUAAUCACUAUGAAUCGGAAAUCCAUAAGUUGAAAAAGGAAAACCAAACUCUCAAUUUUGACAAGGAAGAGAUUCCUGCUGACGAAAGGAAAAGUUUACAUGAACGUAAGGUUGAGGCUGAAAGACUUAAAAAACGAUUUGACGAACUCCGUGAGAGGAUUGAUGUCCAGGCUGCUGAACAAUUCCAAUCAACAAAGACACUCCUACGUAGCGCUGAAGAUAAGAUGACGACAAUUGAAAGUAACAAGAAAGAUUUAAUGAGUACGAUUGAUAAGCUUGAUGAGCAUAAGAUGAACAUUGUGAUGGAAGCAUAUACGAAAGUGAAUGAAGAGUUCAAUAAAAUGAUGGGAACGCUCCUCCCCGAGUCCGCAGCGAGACUGGUGGCUGUAAACCAAAAUGACCUGUCUCAAGGUCUUAAUAUACAUGUCCAGUUGGGUGGUGUGUGGAAAGAAUCUUUGAGUGAAUUGAGUGGGGGACAGAAAUCCUUGGUCGCCUUAGCCUUGGUGCUUUCACUUUGCAUGUACAACCCAGCUCCACUUUACAUCCUCGAUGAAAUUGAUUCGGCCCUUGAUCUCAACCAUACCCAAAACAUCGGAGUUCUUAUUCGGCGACGAUUUAAAGAUACCCAAUUUGUCUGCGUUUCGUUGAAAGACGGAAUGUACUCCAACUGCAACAUUCUAUUCCAAGUGCAAUUUAAUAAUGGAAGGUCCGAAGUAAAACGAUGUGUUCGUUCAAGUUCUAAAAAACCAGAAGAAGAUGAUCAUCAAGUCGUCUCUUCAAAACAUGCCAAACGUUUUAACAAAAUUGUGUCUGGAAAGUAAAGAAGCAAAUGCCCUAUUUUACAAAUUUUCCAUAUACGCGGAUAACUACGAUAGUUAUCUUAUUCUCUAUUUUAUGUUAUGUUAUAUAUAGAAUGUACUUGUACAUGUUUCAAUCAAAUAACUUUUCAUGUCUAGAUUAUUUUUAAACUAAGAUCUCCUUUUGUAGUUAUUUAAUAAGACAAAACUUUUUUAUACAUUUUUAUUCAGAGACGUGUGCUAAAUACACAGAUUGAUCGAUUUAAGUAAAUAAAUAAAACUCAAUACGC